UUUUAGAGGGAGUGCUUUGCAAUGCAAUGCUGCAGUAUUACAGAAGGAGGCAGCAGGUGGCAAUUAACCCCAGGAACCUGGGGAAACUAUGGUUAUUAUAAUGAGUGGGGAGGGUUAGGAGAAGACUGGAGAAAUGUGUUGGAUAAGGGUCAAGAAAGAAGAGGAUAAAAGGCUAUACUGGGAGGAGAGGAAGAUUAAUUUCACCCCAAAUCACAGCAGAAUUUGGAAGAGCUCAUUUUCAGAUUGCAAUUGGGAAUUGCAGCCAACGAAGUAACAUUUCUGGGCUCCUUUUUUGGGGAUAAAGGAAAACCCAUGGGGACUUCCCAUGAAGUUUAAGCUUUGCAUGGAAACUCUUAAAGGAGAGCAUUUCAACAGGUACUCUGAUGAAAAUAGCUCUGUGAUCUUACAUCCCCUUUUAACAAGACAGGGCCCAUCCUAACUUGUAAUGGUAGUAUCCCAAAGAGGAUAGAGAAGGACAGUUGUUGCAGAAUCUGAGACUACAUAUUCUGGAGAGAGUUGGAUUGAAAGAUGCCUCAGUGAAAGUGAGAACAAACGUUACUCCAGUCACACAUCUCUUGGGAAUGUAUCUAACGAUGAAAAUGAGGAGAAAGAGAAUAACAGGGCAUCCAAACCACAUUCCACUCCAGCUACUCUACAAUGGCUGGAGGAGAACUACGAGAUUGCAGAAGGAGUUUGCAUCCCUCGAAGUGCCCUCUAUAUGCACUACUUGGACUUCUGUGAGAAAAAUGACACUCAGCCUGUCAAUGCUGCUAGCUUUGGAAAGAUAAUAAGACAACAGUUUCCACAGUUAACAACAAGAAGACUUGGAACCAGAGGCCAGUCAAAAUACCAUUACUAUGGCAUUGCAGUAAAAGAGAGUUCCCAGUAUUAUGACGUGAUGUAUUCUAAGAAAGGAGCAGCCUGGGUCAAUGAAACAGGAAAAAAAGAAGUAACCAAACAGACAGUGGCAUAUUCACCACGAUCCAAACUUGGGACAUUGCUGCCAGAGUUUCCAAAUGUCAAGGAUCUAAAUCUGCCAGCCAGCUUGCCAGAAGAGAAGGUAUCUACUUUUAUUAUGAUGUACAGAACACACUGUCAGAGGAUACUUGACACUGUAAUAAGAGCCAACUUUGAUGAGGUUCAAAGUUUUCUUCUGCACUUUUGGCAAGGGAUGCCACCUCACAUGCUUCCUGUCCUGGGAUCUUCCACAGUUGUAAAUAUAGUUGGAGUUUGUGAUUCCAUAUUAUAUAAAGCUAUUUCUGGUGUCUUGAUGCCAACAGUGUUGCAGGCAUUGCCUGAUAGCUUGACCCAGGUGAUCCGAAAGUUUGCCAAACAGCUGGAUGAGUGGCUAAAAGUGGCUCUCCAUGACUUGCCAGAAAACCUACGCAAUAUCAAGUUUGAGUUAUCCAGGAGGUUUUCUCAAAUUCUUCGGAGGCAGACAUCAUUAAAUCAUCUUUGUCAGGCAUCAAGAACUGUGAUCCACAGUGCGGACAUUACAUUCCAAAUGUUGGAAGACUGGAGGAAUGUGGACCUUAAUAGCAUCACCAAACAGACGCUAUACACCAUGGAGGACUCACGAGAGGAGCACAGGAAACUUAUAAUGCAAUUAUAUCAGGAGUUUGAUCACCUUCUGGAGGAACAAUCACCCAUCGAGUCUUAUGUAGAAUGGCUGGAUUCCAUGGUGGACAGAUGCGUUGUGAAGGUAGCUGCUAAGAGACAAGGUUCUUUGAAGAAAGUAGCUCAGCAGUUCCUCUUGAUGUGGUCCUGUUUUGGCACAAGAGUUAUCCGGGAUAUGACUUUGCACAGUGCCCCCAGCUUUGGAUCUUUUCACCUUAUUCACCUGAUGUUCGAUGACUAUGUAUUGUACCUAUUAGAAUCCCUCCACUGUCAGGAGAGAGCCAAUGAGCUGAUGCGGGCAAUGAAAGGAGAAGGGGGAACAGAAGUACGUGAUGAUAUAACAUUGGCAGAACCUGUUCCUCCAAGUCCCUUCCCAGUGCCUUUCUCUCCAGCCAAAUCCACCACUUCUGUGGAUGUGCCAUCUGCAACCUCACCUGGAAGUAAUCAGUCCCCAGAAUAUGCUGGCAUCACAACUACAACAGGGGCCAUGCAGUCUUACACAUGGUCUCUCACAUACACUGUAACCACAGCUGCUGGGUCACCUGCGGAAAACUCUCAACAACUUCCUUGUGUGCGAAAUCCUCAUGUACCUUCUUCAUCUGUUGCACACAGGAUACCGGUUUAUCCCCACAGAGAAGAACAUGGGUAUACGGGGAGCUACAACUAUAGUAGCUAUGGAAACCAGCAUCCAGUUCCAAUCCAGAGCCAGUAUCCCUCUUUGACACAUGACAGCACUAUUUCUGCUCCACUUCAUUACUCAGCUUAUCACAGAAGCUCUUCACAGUACCCAUUCAACAGCCCUUCUUCACGGAUGGAGCCCUGCUUGAUGAGCAGUACACCAAGAUUGCAUCCAACCCCAGUAACUCCUCGCUGGACAGAGGUUUCCUCAGCGAAUGCUUGCUACACAAGCCCAACCAUGCACUCUACAAGAUUCGGAAACUCCAGUGACAUGUACACACCAUUGACCACACGUAGAAACUCUGAAUAUGAGCACAUGCAACACUUUCCUGGCUUUGCCUACAUCAAUGGAGAGGCCACUACUGGGUGGGCAAAAUGAGAAUGACUGGUAAUAGUAUCAACCACAUAUAUUUAAUAAAGAUAGAAGAAGAAAAAUACUUCUAUGCCUAAAGUAAUUGGAAGUCUUACCUGGACAUUGUUAAUGGCCAUGAAGAUGGAAAGAAGCCUGGAUACAGGUUAAGAAAGUGAACCUUGCAGUACAAAUUAGCACAAUGAUUCCUCCAGCCAAGCAAGGUUUACUGCUGCUAUGAAGCACAAUGUAGGCCAAGGCGUGCCUUUUAUUGUUGUGCUUUCUCCAGACGAAACUGGCCUGCAUUGGUUUCCGUCUAACUAUUGAAUGUUUCCAUAACUUAACAAAUUUGUCCCUCCGUAAACAUGACAGUUGCAAUGUAGAACAGAACUUGAAAAAGUUACUUUUUGAACUUCAAUUUAUUUUAUUUCUGAGCUCUGAUGUAGAAUGUAAUGAUGUACAUGCACCAUAGAAACCCAUAUUCCAUAGAGAAGCACAGAAAUAUAAGGGACAAGAAAAUUAUCUUCACCCCCUCUCUAUUAAAAAGUAUAUUCGCUCAUGUACAUCCCAUGUUCCCAUUUACCCAUUUUGAGACACAAUAAAUUGUCACAAUCUAAUAACACCACACACAUAUAUACCCUCCAACAUUUUACAGAUGAAAACCAGGAAAUAUCUGGCUAAGCAACAUCAGAGUAUUGUCAAGAUAGGGAAAUGUAUUAAUGAAGAACAAACAGGGAAAGAAUUGAGACAUUUGCUUUUGCCGGGGUCUACAUGGAAAGGAAACAUUAUAAUAAUAAAACUUUAUUUAUAUCCUGCCCUAUCUCCCCAUGUGGUGGUUAACAUUCUGCUGCCUCCUCUCCCUCCACUGAGUUAACUGAGUGCAAACUAUCUGCACUUUGAACUGAGUUUGUGCCAAUGAAUACAAGCAAAAGACAAAGGGAGAAAGUGGCAGGAGAAGAGAGAAACUGGGACAUUUAAAAAGCAGAUGAAAAAGUAGGAUGUGAGAAGAUUAAUCAGGACACUCCCAGCCAAAUGUGUACAGUUGGAGUGCUUGAAAUGGAUGUGAGAGAUCAGCACAGGAUGAGAGGGACUGGCAUCUGUACAAUCCAGCCAUUUCCAAUCCAUUUUGAAAGAGGUUUUCAGGUCUUUAAGGAUAGCAGAUUUUCUGUGAUCAGCCAGGGAUCAAGACUCCCAUACACUGAAUACCAUCUUUGUCAGUAACUACCAGGUGGAACCCCCAAAUGAGGCUUUUCUCAUGUCAUCAUCCUUCUUCAUUCACUGAUUUUUACUGGGCUUCAGAUAACAGCCUUGAUUAAUUACUCUCCCUUGUUUCGCCACCACUACUUCUCUUUUCUUUUCAAUAUGGAAAAUCUGGCAAGGAGAAAAAGAUGGAAUAGCUGCCUUCUAAUGGUCAAUAUGAAAAGUCCCCUUUGUGAAAGCAUCCAAAGCACUGUUGCAAGAAAUGCGUGCUGGGAAACCCCCAGUAAUAAUUUAAUUCCAGCUAUUUACUAUGGUUGCAAGUAGAUGUGACUGUGUUUCAAUUGACUUACUAGGAAUUUCCUCUAAAAUAUAUGGAUGGGGUUUUAUGAUGUAUAAUAAGUGGGUGGGAAUUAUUUAUCUUUCAAUGGAGCACUAAGGCUAAAGUAAUUUCCCUUAGACAAAAAAUAUGUGGGGUGUAGAGGAAAGACCAGAUGAAGAAAAAAAUGUAGCAGGUUACUUAUGCCUGUUGUUGUAAUGUACCUUCAAGUCACCUCUGACUUAUAACGCUAUCCUAAGAUUUUAUUUUGGAGAAUUUAUUCAGGGGAGAUUUGCUAUUGUCUUCAUCUAAGGCUUAGAAAGUGUGAGUUGCCCAAAGUCACUCAGAAGGUUUCUAUGACUAAACAGAGAUUCAUACCCUGGUCUCCGGUAUUGUUAAUCCAAUACCCAAACCAGCUGUGCUUUCAAACACUCCUUAAACUUACAGCUAUUUGGCUCUGGCCACAUUUUGGUCCACAAGUAAUGUUUCUAUGAAACAGAUGAACAACACACAACCAACAUGACAAUUUUUGCAGCAUCUGCUAUGUCUCGUUGCUUUUGCCACCCAAACAACUUCAUGGUGGUAGAUUCAGCAAACCUGCAUUACUGAAAAUCAGUGGAAAUGAUAUCACUAAAAAAAGUAAGCUUUUGGUCUUCUCGUUUCCAGAAAGGAAGCAUAAUGCAGUGAUUUGAGUGCUGGGCUACAACUCUGGGGUUGAAUCCCCACUUGGCCCUGGAAACUCACUGGGUGACGCUGGGCAAGUCACGUUCUCUUGGCCUCUGAAGAAGGCAAAAAUAUACCUCCUCUGGACAAAUAAUGCCAAGAAAACCUCAUGAUAGGGUCACCGUAUGGUUGCCAUAAGUUGGAAAUGAUGGGAAGAUGCAUAGCAAUAAAACAAAAAAUAAGAUAUUUUGCCCAUAGACCAACAGAGUUCUGCAAUACCUGAGGGUACAUCAGCAUCCUCUUGCAUGAUACAGUGGCCACCAAAUGUUAUCAGUCACAACAGUAGACCCAGUAUGGUCUCCCAACCUGCUCUAUUUCCAAUAGGCAAGCAAGCGUCUCCAAGCCCAGGUCAAUAUCCAUAAUUUAACAAAAAUAAGUGAACACACAAAAGCCCCAAAAUCUCACUGCAAAACGUUUUAGUUAUCAGAACAGAUUCUGUACAUUACAAUACUGUAUAUGCAUAUAUCUUAAAUUUGGAAAGGGCCUCAAAUCACAGGAUUUUGCUAUCUUGGCACUGAAUUUUAAUCUCUUCAUUAUUCCCUUUUCUGACUAUCCCUAUAAUUCCUCUACCUUGUUACCCUCAUUUUUCUCAUUUCCCAUUUUCCUUCUUGAAAUGGCAUGUAAAAGUGUUCAUAAAAGCUUCAGUUUACAUGUAACCUUGUAUUUGCAAUGCACCUUUGUAUUGACUGAUUAGUGUUCCUUUGACAACAAGGCAACAUGUAGCAUUGAAUGGUACACUGCCUUAUGUUGGCUGUAUUUUGUGCUAUGUUACCAGUACAGUAUUUGUACAACUCUAUAGUUGCUAAAUGUAAUGGGUUCUGACAACUGAUAGCAAAUGCAAUCCCACUUGCCACACUCAUGUAGGGCAUCACACUGUAUGUGAAUGAAUUCCAUAGUGUACCAUAUCCCAGUGGACAGCUGCAUUGCCUUUGGUCUACCAUAUCAGUCAGUCAUAUCUGCUUUCUCCUGGAGUAGAGUAACCACAUGAAAAAGAGGACUGGGUUCUUGUAGCUUUGAUAUUUGUAAAGGCAGGACUUUUCAGCUGAUGAAAUGGUAUGACAAGCUCGACCCUGCCAAAAUUCCCUCUUCCUCAUAUCCUCAUGUAUAAGUGUAGAAAUUUUAGUCACAAUAUCAACCGCAAACACCUGGGGCAACUUAUCCAUAGGUCACUGUGAGUACUGUAUCCUAACCUAUCUAAAAAGGAAUCAUCCUCUUCUCUGAGGAGAAUAGCAAAGGGAGCUUAGGUCCAUCCCAGAAGAACAUAAGAGAAGCACUGAUCUCUGCUUUUCCUGCUGUAGCACAACUUCUGGCCUUUCUGAAUGCCUGGGUAAAGAAAGGGUGGGCAGUGGUGCUUUCCCCUCUCUGUGGAAUGACAAUAAUAAUAAUAAUCUUUAUUUAUAUCCCAUCCCCUCCCCAAAAGGACUCGGGAUGGCUUACAACAAGGAUCAUAUCAAAAUCCAUAAAUUUGGCCCCCACCCUGCUUUUAACUUAUACAUGAGGCCAAUUUAUACAAGAGUAUAUAAUAAUUCUUUAAGGUAGAGUGGUUCUGUCCCCUUUUUUGUGUGCUUCUCUACUGUGGAGUAUCCUGCACUUUUCUGGACAUGAUCCACAGGGAAGAAUAGAAGAGCCCUUUGGAAUGAGCAUCCCCUCUAAGGUGGCAGAAAACAUUUUGCUACCUAAGGUGAAAGACAGAUUGCAAGCCCACCCAUUCCAGAAGCUAACUUGGCUGAUAUUUGAAUCUUCAACAAUAGUAAUUGGAUUCUGUCUUUCACAGCAGCCAGAAACAGUUUAGUCCUGUCGUCCCAGAGAAUGGAACAAACUAGACAUUUAGGAGGGCAGGAUAAAGGGAUAUCCUCCUCCUAUUUUGGAUCCGUUGCCUAAUAUUAACUCUGAUCCCAGGCUAAAUACUGUGAUCACAGAAGGAAGUGGCGUUUGGUACAAAAGCAGUCCAGUGUGCAGAUGAGGGCUUUGCAAGCUCUAAUUAGGCCUACUUUUUGGAUUUGGACAUGGCAAGUGGGAACCACCCAAACUAAUGAUCACUCAGAACCACAUGCUAAUCUUGUUAAACUAAGCCAGUAUGUGUGAGUGGCAAGUCUAAAAAACAAAAUAUUUUGUUACCUGUAACAUGGUUUGAGCAACUUCUUUCCUGGUUGUUUUCCCAGGAUAAUUCCAUACACUUAUACAAGAUUUUAAGAGUUGUGCCUUUGGACCUAUUCUGUGUUAUGUAUGUAUGGGAGGAAAUUAAAUGUAUUUUGGGGAAGACUUUUUUUCAUUGGUAUUUUUGGUCAUAUUCAUAGUUCUUCAUGAUUUUUUGUAGAAAACUAUUAACAUAGAAGUGUUUUGUUUUUGCCUCUGUAUGAUAAAGGGGGAAAAACACCAAGCAAUUAUGGUGGACAUAUUACCCUAUGGGUAAGAUAUAAUUACAAGGAAAUAUGACAUCAGGAGUUUUAAUAAUGGUUUUGUAAAUAAUAAAAAAUAUUUGAUAGCACUCAACAGUGGUGAAAACCGUGUUUAUGGUUGAAAUGGAAAUGUAUGAUUUGUACAGUUACCCAAGAUAUAUGGAUUUUCACACGUAAAUAAAAAAACAUGAAAGCAA